AUGAACCAUCCUGCAGCUCUGUCAAAUGGCACAACGGUCUCCGAAAAGCGAAAGCUAUUGAGCAACAUUCGCGAGAGAAGAGCCAAAGCUGGCAAACUCGUGGCAGGUGUAGCUGCAGCAUGCACCAGUGACACAUUCAAAGCUCCAGUGAGUCAGUCGCGACCGCCGUGUAUCCUCAAACAGGCCACCCGCCAUCUAAAGAAUCCGGGCCUUGUCUCCCUCGGAGGUGGACUCCCGUCCAGCGAAUACUUCCCCUUCUACGAGUGCACAUUCCGCGUGCCUAUACCACCGCAUUUCUCCGAGUCUGACGCCAUUUCGCCUGAUUCCGCGACGGGCCAGACAAUCACCAUUGGCAAAUACGAUGUCCAAGCGGGAAUCUCUGAAUGCGACCUCUCUAUCUCUCUCAACUAUGGCCAGGCAACGGGUUCUCCCCCGCUGAUCCGGUUCAUCACCGAGCAUACAGAACUGGUCUACAACCCGCCCUAUGCGGACUGGCAGGUCUGUCCAACAGUCGGAAGCACCGGGGCUUUGGAGCAGACUAUUCGCAUGUUUUGCGACCGCGAGAGGGGCGACUCCAUCCUCACGGAGGAAUACAGCUUUUCUACUGCUCUCGAGACCCUCGUGCCCCAGGGCAUCAAGCCCUUCGGUAUCCAAAUGGAUGAUCAAGGUCCUAUUCCUGAGAGUUUGGACGAGAUGCUCAGUUCCUGGGAUGAAAAGGCUCGCGAAGCCCGAAAGCCCCAUCUUCUGUACACUGUCCCGUCGGGGCAGAACCCGACAGGCGUGACCCAAAGCUUGGAACGUCGUCGUUGCAUCUAUGCACUGUGCCAGAAACACGACAUGUACAUUGUCGAGGAUGAGCCCUACUACUUUCUUCAAAUGCCUCCGUACCAAGCCAAGCAGGGAUCUGACCAGCAAGCGCCCGAGGACAUCGAAUCAUUCUUGGCGGGGCUUAUCCCCUCAUAUCUAACUCUUGAUGUCGACGGUCGAGUGCUGCGGAUGGAUUCCUUUUCCAAAGUCCUCGUCCCAGGAUCCCGAGUGGGCUGGAUCACCGCGAGCGCGCAGGUAGUGGAGCGAUUCAUUCGACAUGCCGAGGUAGCAAACCAAGGCCCGAGCGGAAUCUCCCAGAUCAUGCUCUGGAAGCUACUUGACGAAACCUGGGGCCAUGAGGGAUACUUGACGUGGCUGAUCGAUCUGAAAAAUAACUAUACCAAAAGAAGAGAUGCGCUGCUUGCCGCCUGCGACGAAUUCUUGCCCAAGACUGUGGUUAGCUGGACGCCGCCCACGACGGGGAUGUUUCUUUGGCUCAAAUUGGACUACUCACAGCACCCCGAAUACCCCAGCCGCCCCAUUGAGGAUAUCGAGGGAGAGAUCUUCGAGCAGGCUGUUCAAAAUGGCGUUCUCUGUGCACGUGGCUCUUGGUUCCGUACCGAACCUAGCACGCCCGCCAGCGGUAUGUUCUUUCGUGCGACAUUUGCAAGUGCCAGCGCAAAGGCCAUGGGUAUUGCUAUUCAGCGACUGAGCCAGGCGAUUCGCGAGUCUUAUAGAAUCGAGUGA